AAAAAAUUAAAAACAACAGUAGAAUCCAAAAUGCCACAACAAAAAAUGGCUGACGAAAAUGAUAAUGAAAAAAUGGAUAUAGAUCCUCAAAAAAACACAGAAAAGAUGUUUUCGUUAAAAAAAUGGAAUGCAGUAGCUAUGUGGAGUUGGGAUGUUGAAUGCGAUACUUGCGCAAUAUGCAGAGUUCAGGUGAUGGACUCAUGUUUAAGGUGUCAGGCUGAGAACAGAAAAGAUUCAUAUGGAAAACAAGAUUGUGUUGUUGUCUGGGGAGAGUGUAAUCAUUCGUUCCAUUAUUGCUGCAUGUCUUUGUGGGUAAAACAAAAUAAUAGAUGUCCUUUGUGUCAACAAGAAUGGUCAAUACAAAGGAUGGGAAAAUAAGGUAAAAUACUGUUGAAACCGAGAAGUAACAAUGUUGGCUAGUGGCAGAACAAAAUCAUACAACUAAAAAUAUGUUUAUGACCUUACUCCAUACAUUUUUAAAUUGCCACAAAUAUUGCCAUCUUCAUUUCACAUUGGAUCUUUUAAUUACAAACACAACAUAGGAUGUUAUCUAUUAAAUUGAUUUUUUUGUGGUUUUUUGAAAAUUAUUUUAAUUUUAACUUGUAAAGGUAUAUAUGUGUAACAUUAUAUUAUACCAUAGUUCAGUAUUUUUUGUUAUAAUAACAUUUAAUAAAAGUAAAAUAAG